AUGAGGGCACUGGCCUGGCUUGGGGUGCUGCUUCUCGCCGUGGGUCUCCCCACAAGCCCAGGACUGAAGUGUGGAAUUGGAGCAGUUGAUUUGAAAAGACAGACUGUCUUGGACUCUGAGCUCUUCUCUAGAACUCUUAGGUGGAGAAAUGCAACAGCUGGUGGACAUCCAUGGCAGAUCUCCCGAAAAUUAGAUGAGCCCCACUUGGGAGGAAGCUUGAUUCAAGAUGACCUGGUGGUUACAGCAGCAGCACGCUGCCUGGCUAGCCUCGACGAGGAGCAAAUUAAGGGUCUGGCUGUGAUUGCUGGGGAGUACAACCUUUUUUGGAAGGAUAAGCAAGAACAGAGUAUUCCUGUCUCAGAAAUUAUUAUCCAUCCUGAAUACAACACACUUCCUCUGACAUCUUCCUCUUCCUACUUCUUUAAGGCCUUGUUCAAAUUUUUUUUCUCAGGAAUUGCUGUUCAGCCAACCUGUCUUCCCAAUAGAGAUGAUAAAUUUGAAGACGGGAUUCUUGGCAUGACCAGUGGAUGGGGCAAGAAUUCAGAGACAUGAAAAUAUUCAAAUAUCCUACAAAAAUCGGAAUUUCCUAUCGUGGAUGACACAGCUUGUAAUCUGCUCAAGGGUAUGAACCUUCCUCUCCUGGGAAGGACCACAUUGUGUGCCGGUUUCCGAUGGGGAAAGGAUGCCUGCCAGGGGAACUCUGGAAGCCCACUUGUCUGUAGAAGGGACAAUGGACUCUGGGUUCUUGCUGGGAUAACUUCCUGGGGAGCUGCUUGUGCUAGAAGUUGGGCUCCUCCAAGAAAUAACUAUAUAAAGAGCUCAGCUGGCAUUUUCUCCAAGGCUUAAGAAUUGAAGGAUUUUGUCACUCAGAACAUAAUCACAGCUGAAGUAAUUAAUGAGUUUAUUCCCUAUGUUUUGGAAGAUUGUCGACCUCAGGGAACAGUGCUGUUUGGGGAAAACAGGAAGAUCUGUUACCCCCAUUCGAAAGAGGACAGCUAUUCUCAUGAAUGCUUACAGAUUUAGAAAAUAAUGAUACGAGAAGAUAAAACUAUCGUACUAAAAUUUACAAGCUUUGACAUAGAAAAUCAAGUUGGAUGUGAACAUGGCUGUGUAUUUUUACAAUCAAGCAACCAAGUGCUUAUUAGUAAGCAUGUAAGGUAUGGAGAUACAUUGCCCUCACCAUUGCUGGCAGAGUCUACUGAGGCUAUAGUUACAUUUGCUUCUGACAACAGUGGCAGCGGCUUUGGGCUUCCCUUUACUGCUGCUGUACAGAAGAACUCAGAAGCAGGCUCAGGGUGUGGGAGUGUGGCUCUAUUGGUGAAAGAAGGGACGACUCACUCUGCCAGUUACCCAGACUUACAUCCCAAGAAUUUAAUGUGUCAUUGGUUCAUUCAUGCUCCAGAGAAGCACAUUAUAAAGUUGGCAUUUGAGGACUUUACUACUGAGUUUAACCAGAGCUGUGCUUGUGACACUGUUGUGAUUUUUGGUGAUACAGAAGCAGAGCAUGAGUUAGCUAAACUUUGUGGAACCUUCAGUCCUACUCCAGUAUUCAGUUCUAGUAGCCUGAUGGUGACUCACUUUAGAAGUGAUGGUCAAAAGAACUUCUGAGGCUUCAAGGCUAGAUUCACCUUUUUGCCCUCAGAUUCUUUAAACAAAAUUGGAUCAAUAUCACCUCCCAAAAGCAAUCCUGUAUCUUCUGCAAAAGCUAUUCUGUGUAGGGUCUGUGGCAUCCCUCCAUUCAGAUCCCGGUUGCUUCUGAGAAGAACUGCAGGAGGGGAAGGCUGCCCCCACUGCCGGCCACGGCAGGUGGGGUUGAGGUUUCUGGGAAAUCCCCAGUGUGGCAGCACCAUCAUCAACCCGAAUGGGAUUCUGACUGCAGCCCACUGUGUGAGGUCAUUAGCGCAUCAAAAACAGCACAAGAUUUAUCGUCAGACCUUGGCUGCAUUACUGGUUCUGUCCGACAGGUGCUAUGGUAGCCUGCCAAGUCGCCUACAGCAGAUGCAAGUGUUUGUGUUGGAGAGAGAGAUCUACAAAAGCACUUACUAUUCUCCUCACCCAGGAAGGAUCAAAGAGAGGCUGAUCUGUGCUGGCCUUGCAGCUAGAGUGGGAGAGGACUGUCAGGGAGACUCUGGUGGGCCAUUAGUGUGUUGACAUGAAAACGAUCUCUUUGGCAUCUGUGAAGUCAUCAGCUGGAGAGCUGGCUGCACCUGGCCAAGGAAGCCAGGUGUAUUUGCCAGGGUGAGUGUCUUCUCGGACUGGAUUCAAACCCCCCCCCCAAAAGAUACAAAUUUUGCUUCACUUCAGAUGAAUAAUAAAAGCAAAACCUUAACAAGGAAACAACUGCCACCACUCAUAACUUCAACAGACAGUGCAUCUGGAACAGGCUGUUCCUCUGAAGUGGAGCUAGAAGAGCCCAGAGGCUCUUGUUCAACUCCAAGGUAUCCACUGGAUUAUCAGGGAAAACUGGAAUGUUCUUGGGUGCUCAGAGUCUCCCCAAGCAGAACGGCAAAAUUUAUAGUAGAGUACCUGUCACUCCCUGGGUCUCAUUUGUGUCAAGACUCAAUCCUGACUAUUUAUGAAGAAGGCCACAGUAAAAAGAGGAUGUCAGGUAAUCCUUACCGGCAUUUAAACUUCGGGCUGGAACUCUCUUCUGGAGAGGCGGUUCUUGGACUUGGUAAUAAUACCUCCAAAAUGGUGAUCCACACAAUAGGCAUGCCUUUUUUCCUAGACACACCUAAUAUGUUCAAAACUUACAAAACAGUACUUCAACAUGAUUUACCCAAAGGUGAAUUACGUGGAAGAAAGCUUUACCCAAUGAUUUUUAUGAGUUAUAGACUGCUGGUGAGGGUGACAUUUCAUUCCCUAUACAAGAAAUAUUCAAAGCUUGUACAUUGUGUAAGAAGUCAUGUUUCUGUGGGCAAUGAGUUAAGUGUGAGGCGAUCGAGGUUGGUCAGGCCCAAUAGAGAAACUGCUCCGUGGGCCACUGGACUGACUGGUCCAAAAGUCAGUAAAAUAACCAGACUUCCUCAGAGUUCAAACCAAGAGCACGUGGCCACUUGUAACAAUGUUAUUCUGACCAAACCAGUAGGAAUCAUACAGAUCCCAAGAUAUUUUCGCAGAACUACUAGUGGAUGCCACUGGAGGUUGUUAGCCCCUCCAAAUCACAUCAUUCGCCUAGACAUUAUCAACUUCCAGAUGAAAGUGACAGCCUUGGCCUGCCAGGGUCACCUGUGGGUUAUGAAGGACUUGGAUCAGGCAAAAAAAUUAAUAGGUAACUAG